AUGAAAAUUCCUAUUUUUUCUUUUUUCUUCACUCUAAUAUUUUUUGGUAUAUUUUUAAAAGCUAAGAAAUUUGAUGUUUUUCUUUCUUAUCAUAAAAGAAUAUCUAAAAAAAUUAAUGAGAUAUUAUUAUAUUUUAAUAUAUUUGAAGUUCAAUAUCCGUUAAGUUAUAUAAAUAAUGAAAAAAUAUUAGGUUUACAUAUGAAAGAUAUUGAAAAAGAUGCUUAUAAAGUUUAUCCUAUUUUGAAAGAAUUAAAACAAAAGGAUUAUUUUCGAAUAUUUAAAGUUAAUCUACAUAUAUCAUGUAAAUUUUUGAAAAUUAGUGAAAAAUGUAAAGAAAUGAAAAAAUGCAGUGUUUGUGAAUGUGAUGAUGAUAAAAUUCCAUAUAAUUUUAGAACUAACGAAAUUGAAAUAAUUGAAGAUAAAUUGUCUAAUGAAGAUUUAAAAAAAACUUUUACAGAAAGUAAAUUAUAUAAUGAUAUAUUAGGAAUAUAUGCUCCGUCUAAUGAAGGAUUUUUAUCAUAUGUAGAUUUAGUUUAUAAUUCUCCAUGUUUUACUGCUUAUGAGGGGAAGAAUAUAUGGGAUAUGAUUUAUAAAGAAAAUUGUUUUAUAAAUGCUGAUAGACAAUGUGAAGAAAUGAAUAGUUUUUAUAAAAUAAUAUCAGGAAUGCAAUCAAACAUAGCUGUUUUAUCAUCAGAAUAUUAUUACUUGAAAAAUGAUAAUAUAUUAGAAGAAAAUAAAUUAAAUAAUAAAUUUAGUUUUGAUCAAUAUCCCAAGUUAAACUAUGAUUAUAGUGUUUCUUUUUUUAAAGAAAAAAUUGGGUUAUAUCCUGAUAGAAUUGAAAAUUUAUAUUUCACAUUUGCUAUAUUAUUAAGAGCUAUGUGUAGAUUAAAAUCUUUAUUUAAACAAUGUAAAUGUAAUUCAGGUUAUGAAGAAGAUGAUAAAGCAGCUGUUAAACUAUUAAAUGAAUUGUUAGAAAAUUCUUAUCAUUCGUGUUCUUCAAAAGAGUUCUUAGAACCAUUAUUCCCAACUCAAGGAAAAGAAAUAUUAUCAAAAUUUAAGAAUAUAACAAAAAUUCUUGAUUGUGUACCAUGUGUAAAAUGUAGAUUACAUGGAAAAUUAAAAACAACAGCUUUACAAAUAGCUUUAGUGGAAGGAGUAAGUAAUGAACAUAUAGGCUCUCUUGAAAGAAAUGAAAUUACUGCUUUAAUAAAUGCUCUAUAUUAUUUUGCAGAUUCUAUAAUAAUUAUACAUAAGUUUCAGGAGAGAUUAAAAUUAAGGAAGACUAUAUUUAUAUUCUAUUUAUUAUCUUUUUUGUUGUUCACUUUUUUAAUAAUAUAUUCUGUAAUUUUUGUAACAAUAAGGAAUUAUAAAAAAAAAAGAAAAUUAACUUAA